GUAGAGGCAUCUGAUAGGGACACUUCCAAACAAGGCCAGACGGAGGCUAGAGAUCAACUUUCUGGAGCUUCUCAAUCUUGAAGGAGAAGUGAAAGUGUGAAAUACAACACGAUUGAAAAGGGCUUCAGGGCUUGCUCCUUCUCUGUUCGGAUUUCUGAGACCUUUUGCUGUUUUUGAAUAAGAAAGUUACUACCCAUCACAGCUGCAGAUGCAACAACAGAUGGGUAUUAGCAGCGGAGGAUGUGGUGGCGCCGGUGGCUUUGAACCCACUAGGCUCUCCCGGUUCCGGUCAGCUCCGGCGACUUGGUUCGACUCUCUGUUCCAAGAUGACGAGCUUCUUUCACAGACCCAAUGUCUCUCUCAAGCUCCUGUAAACAGUUCAACGACACCCAAUUUCAGAAACUCUGAAAAUUACAGUUCUGCCGAGGCUGACCCCAACUUCUUCCAGACUACCAUGGUUGCGCCUGGUCACAGCUCCUUCAGACAGAACAGUUUACCGGCAGAAUUUCUUUCUCAACUGAAUUCACCUUCAGGUGUUGGCUGCGAUGAAUUCAUGUCAAGCUUUAUGGGUAGUCAGGACUUACCUCCGUUGCCUGAUAUUCCAACUAAUAAGCGCGCCAGGGAAAGAAAUUCUGAACAGGAGGCAGCUAAUUUUGCUCAAGUGAAAGGAGAACGGAGUGGCAACUUACAAAGUGGGAUGUCUGGGUUCUUAGAUAUAGAGAUGGAGAAGCUUUUUGGGGAUUCUGUUCCUUGCAGAGUUAGAGCAAAGCGUGGCUGUGCGACCCAUCCUCGCAGCAUCGCAGAGAGAGUUCGGAGAACUCGAAUCAGUGACAGGAUAAGGAAGCUUCAGGAACUGGUUCCCAAUAUGGACAAGCAAACAAAUACUGCUGACAUGUUAGAGGAAGCGGUUGAGUAUAUCAAGCACCUACAGAAACAGAUUCAGGAUCUCUCUGAGCAUCAGAGGAAAUGCAAAUGCUCUGGUAGAGAAAAAUCAGAAGAGGUAUAGAGCAGUGCUUGUCUAUCCUUUAGGCCAGAUACCAGAGGUUAUGAUCUGGACUAUGAUUCCUAGAUGACAAUGGACUUCAGUCUCCCAAAAGUCCAUCUUCAUGUCAUGGGACUUCCAAUCAUCUGUAUGAAAUUCUUCCCCAGUUAUAGAAGUUUGUUGGUCCGAAGUUCAUGAUAACCGAAAAAUGCUUAUUAUAGACUGCUAAGAACUUAAUAUUCUUAAACCUACAGUUUUAAAAUUUCUGGAUCUUUAUGAAUGUAAAUAUUUUCCAUGUAUCAUCUCUGAAUUAACUAACAAGAUCAUCUUCAUUUCAAAUAUUUGUUUUCAUCUUCUCUCUUGUUUAUAUGGGAUUUCUUGUUCAUAAAGAAAAUAGUAAUAACUUGAGCAUAGCAUGACUUGUCCACGAGUAAUUGUUCUUAGUUUGUUGGGUUUUUUUUUCCCCUUCUUUGGGUUUGUGUGUUGUUAAGCUUGUUUAUAAUUAAUUUAGUUGUGCAUAAAGUUAAGAGAAUAGAGAAGCAUGCAUGCUGUAAUGGCACAAUCAAACUAAUCUACUGACAUUCUUGUCUCAAUUCGAGGCAACGGUAAGGUUGCUCCAUUUUGACCUGGUGGUCACCAGUUCGAAUCAGGAAACAGUCUCUCCGCAAAGCAGAGUUAAGGCUGCAUACAUAGCUGCCCCUUCCAAGACCCUGCAGUGGCGGGAGUUUGUAUUCCUUUUUACAUUCUUUUUCUCGAUUUAACAAAACCAAAAACUAUAAAUAAAUUAUUGAAGUGUGAUGGACCCUUACAAGAUAUUCAAACAAAAGCAAUUACAUUCUGAGAAAUUAUAUAUGUCCAGGCUUUUGGAGUUCCUGCCAUAAUAUUGUAGCAUUUGGACGAAACUCAUCAGGAUACAGAAUGUCCCCCCCCCCCCUCUUUUAUUUUUUCCUCUUGAUGUAAUGACAAAGAUUCAUUCAAAUGUGUAGAAGUGAAGAACAGUCUGAACAGGGCCAACAUACCAACUUCCUUUCUAAGGAUAUAGGAUCUAGGAUCAAAAUAUACAAUGUACUUCUUUCUGACAGUAGGUCCUGAUAUUGAUACCAUGAACUAUCCAAAGAAGUACUUUUGAACUAAACACAACUAGAUGUCACUUUCUCAGUUGGAAGGAAGCCUGAUAUAGGUAAAUCUCAGACUAAUGGAAUGACAAAUGCGCCACAAAGAAAACUACUAAGCCAUGGCAUUUCCAGGGUCUUGGGGACAGCUAUACUGAGGUCAGCCAUCUAAUAGGAAGAACGAGUUGUCUCUCAUUCUUCUGCAGGGUUUGAUGCUGGAGGGAUCAAGUAUGGUUUAUGGGGAAGACUCACCGGCUCUUGUUUUGCCAGGAAGUUCUUUAGUUAUAUUAUAUACUAGUAUCGACUACAAAAUGAAUUCAGUAGUUUUCUUCUAUACCAGUGGAUCUAAAAAUGGGGAUUCAUGGUGUUACAAAUAUGUUAUGAUGACUGUAAGAGGUAACAGUUCUGAUGUGAGGGUAUUAGAGGGAAGAAGGACCAUCAGUGUUCUUUCAAUGGAUUUGUAAAUUAUUGAUACUAAUUUGAUGGAAGAAUGUAGUCCUUUUUGCCUUGUUUUAUAAAUUUGCAAAUUAAUGAAAUUUUAUGUCCA